GGGUAUAUAACUUAGUUCGAUUAUAAAAACUUAUAAAAUGUAGUAAAUUCAUUAUUAAUGUAAUAACAUAAGUGGGUUUUAGUAUUAAUAUUAAAUAGUAAAAUAAUGAUCAGUGACAUUAAAAAGAGUAGUGCUUGAAUAGUGCACACUAACCUACUCAAAUGUUUCAUAAAACGGGGAUAUUCCAGUUCAAUUGAGGCGAUGUCGUAUCGCCAUGGGACGACGAGGUAGUGCAAUGGAGUUGUCAGCAACGUUGCUCGUGCUCCUACAUCUAUCGAUGAACGUUGUCGACGAAGGACAUGCUGUCAAUCCCAGUUGCACGUGUCUCCGGUUCACGUCGACGUUCGGCAAAGAGCGCGGCACGUUCAGCAGCCCGGAUUACCCGCGGCCCUACCCGCCGCGCCUCGACUGCCUACUCUACACCUUCCUAGCUGCUCCGCAUCAGAUUGUUGAACUCGUCUUCACCGACUUCGAUAUAUACAAAGAACAUCUUGACUGCGUCCGUGGUGAUUAUCUGAAAGUGUACUGGGAAGUGCAAGGUCCGGGACCACCUGGUGCAAUCAGUGAGCGUUCAGCCUGGGCCAAAGAGUUGUGUGGCAGCAGGACCGAUGCACCACCAGCCCUGUACUCACCAGGGCCGGCGUUGGUGCUGGAGUUCCAUACUGGCUUGAAGCAGAACAACGCAACAGGCUUCGUGGGCACAUAUAGCUUUAUUGACAGACGUCUAUUUGAGACAGAUGGCGUCCGCGUGCCUGGGACGGAAUGCGACUAUCAGUUCAGCCGGUCCGGCAAUCGGCCGACGCAUGGCCGAAUGUACAGCCCUCGAUACCCGUCCAUCUAUCCAAACAACGUGCGAUGUUCCUAUCACUUUCAUGCCAGAGCAAAAGAACGAGUAAAAGUGGUAUUUGAAGAGGUAUCUCUUCAGAAAGGUGAUAUUAGUUGUCUACGGCGUGCUGAUAUCAUCAAAGUGUUUGAUGGUAGAGACACAAGUGCGCCUGCUAUAGCGAUGCUGUGUAACGAGCUUACAGGAUACGAGGUGCUGUCAACAGGUCCAGCGUUACUUCUGCAGUUUACAGCGAACUCAGCCACACCUGGUCAAGGUUUCGCCGCAACAUUUCAUUUUCAACCACCGCCGGACUCCACGGCAGCUGAUUCCGAUCGUCUCUUGAAGUUGAGUUUUGGAAAAGCCUUCGAAUCCCUUGGUCCAGAAGUCAGCGCUACAACUUCAUCCUGUCAUCAAGAGUUUAGCAGUGAUGGAUCAAAGCAUGGAACACUUACAUCUCCUCAUUACCCGUCGCCUUAUCCACCUAAUACGCACUGCCACUACGAGUUUUUUGGAAGAGGAAAGGAGAGAGUUAGAUUAAUAUUUCAAGAUUUCUUUUUGUACAAAUCUGCAGAUGGAUCUGUUGACUGUACGAAUUUGGAUUCCCUACAAGCAUUCGUGAAUGUAGACGGAAGGUUAGAAAAGGUCGAGACAUUUUGUGGGGUAAACCUACCCAAACCAAUUAUGUCGAAUGGACCGAAACUAAUGUUGGAAUUCCGGGGUACACAGUCUUCUAGAUAUGCCAGAGGAUUUAAAAUAUCAUAUUCGUUUGUAGAAAAUUUCGGAAUCAAUACAGGGAGGCAACUGAAAGAGUUUCCUUGCGCCUUUGUUUAUAAUAGUAGUGAAUCUCGAAAUGGUACCUUCGCGUCUCCUAAUUCUCCGGGACCAUAUCCCCGUGACACUGAAUGUACAUAUUUCUUCCAUGGUGGGGAGACAGAGAAGGUUCAUCUUCACUUUACGAACUUCGAUAUCGAAGGAGUUUUGCCAUGUGAAGCCGUGUCAGCUAGCGAUUACGUUGAAUUUUCAAACUAUAUGACUGAGGACAAUAGAUAUGGUAGAUAUUGCGGUCUGAUGAAGGAGUUUCAUGUGGAGUCGGAGAGAAACUUCUUCAAAGUAACAUUCAGGUCCAAUGAUCGGUUAGAUGGUACUGGUUUUAAAGCUAUCUACCAAUUUUUAGAAAUAACAGACGAGUAUCAGGCUCCUAUACAAGAUGAGGCUUCAAAAGCAAUGUAUACUUCAGCCCACCUGAAUGCGAUGCUGAUCCUUACCAUAAUAACAGAAAUACAUCGGCAAUUAUAUCAUUAAAUAAAGUGAUAUUAGAUUAAUUGAUUAGUCUGUAAUCCUGUAUAUUUUGUAUAAUAGCAUGUGCCAUACACAUUUGUAAUUACGUAGAAAUGCAAUAUUUUCUAAUCUGUUUUCGUUUUAAGUUUUCCCUUAUUACCGACUAAAGCAAUACGAUAUGAAACACAAUAAAUUCUUUAAUAAUUAAAGGCACGUCAUAACAAUAAUUAAAUAAUUUGAAUCAAAUAUUUGUUUCCAUUCCUAUUGUUAAGUGACGAAAUAAAAGAA